CAAGGAGGUCAGAAGUGGGGGAUAGGUAUGAAUAGGAUGAGGAGUAGUGCAAUAGAAGGUAGUAUUAUGAGGCAAUUUGGAACGAUAUCAAGGCUAAUGAAUAAAUAUAAAGAGGAUGGUUAUUUGGCAGAUUCUUUUAAUAAGCAAGCUAAAAAAUCAACAAGAAUAAGAUCUCAGGCUCAAAGGAAAGCAUCUCCGAAACCAAAAAUCAUUAAAUCCCAAAAAUCUUCAAAACAACCAAACCCUCCUAAAUUUUCACAAGCUCCGAAAAUUUCAGAAUCCCAAAAGCCAUCAAGACCACCUAAAAACAUCCCCAAAAAAUUAGCAUCUCCACCAAGUUCCUCGCAAACUUCUCAACCCUUUAAAGUCUCAAAACCAGUUUUAAACCAAAUUCCAAAAUCUCCUCCUCAACCUUCCCAAAAUUUCACUCAGGCUUCUGAGAAGCCUGAAGGUCCUUCUAAGAACUUUAAUUUUCUCAAAAAGCCAAUUAGAACCAAGUUUGGAGAGAAACUUGACAGCCAGCCUAGGCUGGACUCCAAGAAAGCCAUGCUUGACUCUUACUUCAACCAAGAAAUAAUCAAUUUUGACGAACAAAAGGUUGUAGAAGAUGCUGUCAAGCGCAUCAUGCGACAACAUGAGAGCGCUAACAGAAUGGUUAACCCUCUUGGAGGCAAAACAGGUCCCUCCUUAGAACUCAAAGGUAGUGAAGAAGACUAUGAGCACCCUGUCAUUGGUAAACCAAAAACUCUGAUGGAGAGAGUCCUUGUUAGUAAUUUUAAAUCAGAAAGAGACGAAUACGUCCGUAUGGUAGGGAAUAUAGAGAACAUAGACAAAGUUAACCCUAAGAAAGUAGAUCCUAAGCUCUCAGUUCCAAGUGAAGGCGAUACUUUAGUCAGAUACAGAUCUAAAUAAACUCAAAGAGAAGUUCCUUUCCUCAGACGAAGAGGAUUGCUCUGAUGAUUUAGAUCUCAUUGGGAAUAAAAGGGUUGAAGAUAAUGAAUUCAUCCAAGUAAUUAAGAGAAAGAGAGGAAUUAGAGUCAACUACAACAUGAUACAUCCUAGGGAUAAGAAUAAACAUCAGCUAUUUAAAUUCUAUAUUACGAAUCAAGACUAUGACAGAAUGAGUCAGUUGAUACAAUCUCACAGAGACAUCCUUAUCUUUAUUGAUGGAAGUUCAAGAGGCAAUCCAGGCAGAGCAGGUGCGGGCAUCAGCUUCUUUGGUAGAAAAGCCAAUGAUUUUGUCCCAGAAAUAGACUCUCAUAAUCAAAUUAUUGAUAUUACAGAUAACUCAGGAACUGACAAUAUUUUUGACAUCCUUGCUAAUGAAAGAAAGGUAGAAAUAUUCAGAGAAAGCAAGGAAAGAGAAAGAGCAAGAAUUAAAGCUCAGUCUCAAGUAAACACAGUAGAAGAUGAACUUGAAGAAAGAGAGUUCAUGUUUGGAGCCUGAUUUAAUCUUGGAAGAGGAACAAACAAUUAUGCAGAAUACUCUGCAUUUUUGUUCACAUUGAUUUUAAAUUCCUUACUACAGAAGAAGCAUAUCAUUGUUUAUAGUGAUUCGACUCUUGUUGUUGACCAAGUUAAGGGAAAUAUCCAGACAAGACAUCCCGUUUUGAAAGAAGUACUGAAACAGGCUCAUGAAUUGGCAUUAUCUUUUGAAGAAAUAGAGUUUAAUUACAUUGAAAGAGAAUUAAAUACAGCUGCAGAUUCAUUUGCAAGAGAGGCAUCUUCAAUGAGUGAGGAAUACAAAUUUAUCUACUCCCUCCAAGAAGUUGUGAGUGCCAUAAAGUUAUCUUAAGUAUACUUUUCAAUUUAAUUCCGCUGUUAG